AUGCCAUCGAAUGUAUCAAAAAGAUUGAAAUUUUAUAUAACUAAUGAAUUUAGGUAUAAAAUACCAGUCACAGUUUCACAUAAAAUUGUAAACAGUGCGGUUACUAAUAUCGUAAGUAUGAAAAGGCCUUGCGAAUCGGACUUCCAGGCCGAUUUGCAGUACUUACGCAAUUUUGCCAGUGGAUCUCUUCAUCCUACUAUACAAAUCCCAAAUGUAUCUAGUCAAACUGCCCUUCCAUCACUUAACCACACGUCUAACUAUGCGGUCAAUUAUGCAUCAAAUUAUUCAACAACAAAUACAGCAUCUAACGUUAGCACUGCAGCAACUGCUGCUACGCCUGCUUGCGUUAAUACAGUAGGUUAUGGACAAGUUGUUGUAGGCCAACACCCGCAAUUCAACCAGCAGGUCCUUAACGACGAUAAUGUACUAAAUUUCUUUGAGAUACGCCUUAGGCACUUGAAAGUCAAGGAGUCAUCUAGUUACACUCAAACUAAUGGCGUUUUCACAUGCCACUUGUUAUUGACAGGGCAAUGCCAAAAUUACACGACUACUGGGACAUCUAACACCAAGAAAGGAGCGAGAAGGGAUGCAGUUCGGAAUUUGAUAUGUCAAUUAGGGCCACCAUCACUUAAUGAAUGUUAUGAAAUUACUAAAUGGAUGGUAAAAGGAUUUCUGGCAAGUUACCGUAUUAAUGUGUUAAAUAACCGCAAAUUUUACAAAGAUGGAGUGCAUUGCCACGCCCUUGACUAUGGUUCUUCCCAAACAGGCAUCGGGACACAAACUCAAAAUUAUUGGACCCAGUCCCAUAACCAACCACCGCAGGCAUACACGGUAAUGGGCUACGGCAUGGGCCAAAUUGAGGCGGAGAUUGAUGCACUACAACGUCUUUACAUAUAUGUUAAAAGUGCAUUGCCGAAACCUGCGCCUGAACCUAUCAUCAUGAAUAGUGCAAAAAAAUUAAAAACUGAUGACGGUUCUAUCACGAACAACAACAUACCAAUGGGCGCCAGCAUGAGCAAGUAUGACGUGGGUAACAUUAACUAUAUCAAAAGCGCUAUCGUUGCAAAGUGGCAGAUCAAGCAAACAGAAGAUGUGACAACUGAUUCGGGCAGGUUUAGUUGUACCUUGGAAUGGAACUGGAUAGACUUCAACAACCAACACCAACAAAAGACAAUAUUCGGUUGGGGUAGUUCAAAGGCAGAGGCACGUGCUGAUGCUGGGCUCAAAAUGCUAUCACAUAUUGGAAUUAUUGAGCCAUUAACACCAGAUGAUCUAAGAAUGGCUAGUGAAGUUAGAGAUUGUAUUGCAAAGAGUCCAGAUGUUCUAAUUCUUAAAUGCGCUGAUUUACUUUGCAACAGCAGCACUUCAUUGUGGCUUUUCUUCCUUCUUGACGUGUUUAAGCAUGGGAUUUACAAAUUUAACCAACAAGAAUUUGACCAAUUGAUCAACUCAAUACUUAAAGCUUGUGGUGCAGACCAAGCUAUAGAUGAUACCAGUAAUACUACCACUGCCUUUGGGUCAGUUGAAAGUAAUGAAUAUACUGACUGUCUUCUAUAUCCCGAGGUUAACAGUAUUUCCAAUGAAAAUACUACUGCAAAUGAUUCUACUGCAAUCGCCGGAAUUAACCCCAAAAAACAUAAUUUCACCAAAUUUAUCAGACCGGACCUAUGGCAAGAUAUAAUAGAUACUAUUCAAUACCUAGUAGAUGCCAGGCAUUGCGAUUUGGGAUUGCAUAUACUAAAACGUUUGAUAGAAAUACCUCUGGAUGGCACGUUUUUUAUAUCUAAAGAGGCAGCUUUUUAUUUCAAAAAGCAUCGCAUUUUGCUAGCCCUGGAGUACAACGCAGGAUUGCGUGAUGGACUUGUGAACAAGUCAAUGCAACGAAACGACGUGCUGUAUGGAAAAGUCGUGUCAAUACAGCCCACUGUUGUAAUUAUCUCUGGCGAUUAUACCCUUCCCACUGAUUACAAAGAUAAACUUGCCUACAAAGAAGAUAACAUAAUUGCAGUAUCACAUGAUUCAGCCAAUCCAUCUGAUACUAAUAGCUACUUUAUGCUCGGAUUGGUUACAGCAGUAAAGACUGAAAACUAUAAGUACACUAUCAAUCUGCGGGUUUUAUUUGACUCUAUUACCAACUCAAGCAAUUUUGGCUUGGAUACAAUUAACUGUAGGUUGGUCGACUUGGGUAGCUCAAUACCUAACAAGAGGAUGGUAGAAGCCUUGCGCAGCUUCACGUUCAAUAGAUCGCUUAAUUUCAAAUCGCCACUAUACCAUCGUUAUUCUUCAUUCCUUCAAAACUUGAUUAUAAAUUCAUAUACACCAUUUGGUGCGUAUAAUUCGGUCAUUAUAAAUCGCAACAGCGGGGCCCAUGACAACCUAGUCAAGACUAUGAAUUUGACUCCGGCCCAAUCGCUUGCUUGCAAAUCGGCCAUUGAAAAUGAGCUCACCCUCAUACAAGGCCCUCCAGGCACGGGUAAGACACAUCUUGCCUGUUCAAUCAUACACUGCUGGUCUAAAAUCUACAGCUAUGAUAAAAUUUUGGCAGUGGCUGACUCAAACAUAGCAGCCGAUAAUUUGUUGCAAGGCUUGACAGAUAGGGAUAUCUCUGCAAUCAGAAUUGGCCAGGGCUCUGAGCCAGAAUUGCAAGAGAGGGCGAUACAAGGUAUGAAAAGGUACAAUGAAUACACAACUUUGAGAGACAGUGGAAGAUACAAAGAGGCGAUGACACUGAAGACUCAAAUGAUUUCUGAGGCUGUUAAAAGGGCAAGAAUUGUCAUAGCGACAUGUGUUGGUUGUGGGAAUGAAAUCGUCUCAUCUGAAGUUUUUACUAAGGUCAUAAUUGACGAGUGCGCCCAGUCAAUAGAAUGCUCGAAUAUCAUACCACUAACCCAUUCCUGCAACCAGCUUGUGCUUAUUGGAGAUCAUAAGCAACUGAGACCCACGAUAUUAUCCCAAGAUGCAUUAUUCAAGGGACUUUCUAUAUCACUGUUAGAAAGACUGGCUAUAUUUGCCCCCUCUUGUGUACACUUACUUAACGUUCAAAGGAGGAUGCAUCCGUCGAUAUCGCAAUUUCCGAAUCAACAUUUCUACGAACACCGUCUGACGGAUGGGGAAAACGUAUUCGCUUACACUCCACUUAAGGGUUUCAAGUGGCCAUGCGAAAAUUUCAAUGUAUGCUUUGUGGACGUGUCUAUUGGCUGCGCUGGAUCAAAUUACGAGAGGCCACAGGGUCAAUCGAAAUAUAAUAUUAUUGAAACAAACGUGGUUGUGGCGUUGUUGAGUAGUUUCAUAUCUGCUGGCGAAAUUACCAGUAGGCAAAUUGGUAUAUUAACUCCGUAUGACAGCCAAAAAUAUCACCUCAAAACUAAAAUAAAUUCAACGUUUCCUAGUGACGUAUGUAAUGGCCUUGAAAUCGAUUCGGUUGAUGGAUUUCAAGGCAAAGAGAAGGAUUUGAUCAUCUUCUCAGCCGUUCGAUCUAAUUCGGAUGGUACCGUUGGAUUCCUUAAAGACUCGAGGAGGAUGAAUGUAAUGCUCACUAGGGCUAGGAGGGGAAUUGUUGUUGUGGGUGAUAGGUUUACAUUGAUGAAUGAGACUACUAAUUGGAAGGCAUGGCUACAGUUCUUGAGCGAUAGAAAUUCAAUUAUAAGAAUUUCAGACUUGAAGGAACAUUUACAAUUUCCAAGUGAGCAGCUCCUGCUCUCCAUCAAUUCAGAUUGCUGA